GGUAAACCGACCUUACAGGCCUUGCCUUCCGUGAAAAUAGUGGAAAAAGGACUUUCCACAGAGGUGGUUUGUAAAGCAAGUGGAUGGCCCGCACCUAAUCUUUCCUGGUGGAAAAAUGGAGUAAAGAUUUAUCAUGGUUAUUACUAUAACUCAUACUCCAUCCAUCCCUCCAGUAGAGGGCCAAAUGUUAACACGCUAAGUAUGGGGUUAAUUAUAGCUUCAAAUCACCAUCAUGGGACCUAUACAUGUCGCGCCCACAACCUUUUUGGUACCUCCACACAAGAUAUCAACAUCAUCAUAAAACGUAAGUAAAGAUUUGCCGUUUAUAAUUAUUUUGUUAGGAACGUGGAACGAACAAGUUUUCUUAAGAAGAAGAGAGAAUAAAUGAACCUUGUGUUAAACCUUUGAGCAGAAACUAAUGCCAUUCUCUCAGCGUAACGUAACAGACGAGUACAGCUCCUUAUGCUGAACUAGUGAGGAGGGUUGUUGAUGUCCAGAGACAAGCUUCUUAAAUUACGACCGUUUUUAAAAGGGCCAUGUUAUAACUAUUCCAUCUUUUUAAAAAGUUAAAAUGUGCCUUCAUAUCAGUUGCAUUACAAAAAUAAUGGCCCAAUUUUGCUAUUUAAGACUAUAUUUAGGCAGGGCAACUGUUUCCUGUCGUCUUUUGCAGCGAAUGGCAAGGAUCAGCAAUGAAUUGAAACAUGGCCGAAAAGUUAGCCCACCCUUUUUCAAGUUUUAAUGCUAAGCCUGUAAAAAAGCAACAAUUAAAAAUAUCAAGGUUAACACUGCUCUCUGAUUAAAGGCGUCUAAGUAAUGACAUCAGCUCAGAAUUAACAUAGAACAGCAAUACCCUCGUGACAUAGUCCGAUCCCUUUAAGACGAGAAGGAAAAGGGGGAGUGCUGGCGUUGUAAAGAUACACGAUUUUCUUAUCUGAUUAAAUUCUUGGUAGUGGUAACAGAAGAAAUCUUCCUAACCAAUGAUUUGGACCAGUUUGCUGCUGUAGCAUUGGAAGGCAAGAAUACCACAUUAGAAUGCACUUGCCAACCGAAUAAAUGUAAUGAGGACAGUGCUUAUGUUUACUGGAAAUUCAAAAAUCAUAACGUUAAACGAUCAGCAAGGACCAUGAUAUCUAAGAGAGGUCCCGGCAACGGUACCGGUCUGGUUAAGAUUGUGCUGACCAUACUCAACCUUUCGAAGGCUGACGAGGGGAAAUACUUGUGUGGAAUAAACACCACUCAGGGAUUUGCAGAAAAGCAAUCAAAGCUGCAUGUCUUACAAAAAGGUAGGAUAUUUUUCUAUAUAUUACCAAAAAUACAAGUUGCUGUGUAAUGGCUGCGAUCCAUUUGAAAAAGUAAAAAGAAAUACAGUUCUAAUUUAAAGAAAUUGAUACUUGUUUAUCUAAAAAUUCUUUUCAAAAACUUCUUUAGCACCUCGAUUUAGGGCUUUUACCUUGUUAGUCACUGAAAAGCAAUUUGGCUUAGUUGGUCUCCAUAUGUAAAACGUUUCUUUAAUCUUGGCAAAAGCUCAUCAUUGUGGUAAUACACUGACUUGGAUGGAUGUCAACGUGCGGUCCUAAAUAGCCAUUUUACGUAUCUAUGAUCGUACUUUCGGAUUUUAUUUUUCUGAUAAAUGGUAUGAUUUACAAGCAAAUCAAUUAUGGUUAGAUCUCACUCACAAAAGUUUAAAUCUCUUCGCAGGUUCUUUCCCUUAUGUUCUGGUAAAGAACGUUUAUUUUGUAAAGCUUCAUACUUCUGCGACACUAUCAUGCACAGUCAUCUAUCCUAAUGUCCUUACGAAUACAUCACCAGAUAUUUACUGGAAAGUCAACCACACAUUAAUUACAGACAGUUCCAAGCAUUAUAAAAUGACAGAUGGCAUGCCGCGCAAUGAUCCCAGUUUGUGUAACACAGAAACGUAUAAAAGAAAACUCGUGAAGCUUGAAAUCUUUAACGUCAGCUUGGAGGAUGUUGAUUGUUAUUAUUCCUGUGGCGUGAAAUUCAAUAAAGAUGUUUUGGUCGAGGCAACAAACAUCUGCCUGCUCCUCCCCAAGGAAGAAGCAUCAGGUAUUUUGCAUUUUUUUAGACACAGUAUUGAGUAGUCUUUGACUAAUUUAGCUUCCUUUAUGGAAACGUACAGGGCUUGAAAUCCUUUUGAAAUCACGAUCGAGGUCGUCGAAACGUGGGAACAUUAAGUUGUUCGUUUUUACAUGUUUUUAGCUGUAUUGCUUUGAUGAAGUAUUUUUAACUUGUUAUAACAGCUGUAGGAAGAUUUUUUGGUAUUACUUUCGAAAUCUAUAAAAACCUGGGAAUCAAACGUACGAAAUCCAGAGACAAUGGCUCCGUUAUUAUUAUUAUUAUUAUUAUUAUUAUUAUUAUUAUUAUUAUUAUUAUUAUUACAAGCAAUACCAGUAAAAGUAAAUUAUGAUUAUUUUACACCAUAUUAAGCUUCGAGUUUAAACCUUAAAAUAACUUGAUCAAAAAGGGUUAGCUUUUUUGUCUUUCUUCGGUGCCGUAUAUUUAUACGACGAAGUCAGGGUUCAAGGUUGUCCGCUAUAGUGAGUAGUGAUUCCAUUUGCUUUUAUUGAAAUGGUCGGGGAAAACAUUAACACAACAUUGUUCAUCAUUAUUUCCAUUGUUUUAGGUUAGGGUAGCAAACCAUUUGGCUUUUUGGCUGCUACAUGACCUCUCUCCCCAGAAUGAAGAAAAACAAUAUGGCCGCCAAAUACAUCCUUUUAGCUUUGAAAGUUCUCCUUUAUUAACAAACGUUGAACAUUUAUUUCGGCAAGUUGAAAAGGAUUUUACAAAAGGCUCAAGAGUAGGUCUCCUUUUAACUUGCAAUAUCGGUCAAUUUACACAACUUUUAAACUUCUGGCUCAGUUUUUGUUUGGUUCUGCUUUGAAAAUGGAAUAAUAAUUAAUCAGAGACAAUACAGUGUAAAGAAUUGUUGAGAAAAACAGCAAAAACUUGGCAAUUUACUACAAAAAAGGUACUUUAAAAACGAACUAAAACAUUCAAAACGCUUUGAUCACGCGACUGAUGAAGUCAUGUCCCUCUUUUGGUCAUGAAAAAAUUAUCAGGUAGAACAUUACUUUCCCGCAUGUUUUUUUUUUUCUGCCGUGUGAUAAAAGGUUGACUCUCUACAGCCCUCGGCCUAGCCUCCCGACUUUUUCGCUCAUGUUCAUUACCCCCUUAAAUUUUAAAUGCCGGACGUCAAAGGGUUAUUUUUAAAUGCCCCACGCAACUAAAACCUCAAAUACGCUAUUUGUUUUUAACUCGUUAAUGAAAUCUUGUCACAGCAACAAAAAACCUAACUCGGAAAAAGUCAUGUGACUGAUGACGUCAUUACCUUAGAUGUGAAUCGGAAGAUAUUUUAUGACAAAUGUUAUCUAACUUGUGGUGGUAACGGCUUAGAAACUAAAAUUGGAUAGCAUUUUGUUUUGAAUGAGGAUAUGGGCAUGAUUAUAAGGCGGUAUCAGGGUCAAAAUUCAGAUCCUAAUAGGAAGAGGUACAGCGAAAGGCCAGCUCAGCGUAUUUACGACAGGCACAGCGUAUCGAGAAGAGGCACAGCGUAUUAAGGACAGGCACAGCGAAAGGACAACUCAACGUACUUAGGACGGGCACAGCGUAUUUAGGACAGGCACAGCGUACGAGGACAGAUACGGCGUAUCGAGGACAAACACAUCGUAUUAAGGAAAAGCACAGCGUAUUGAGGACACUGGGCACAGCGUAUCCGGGACCGGCGAGGGGGACUGAAAACCAAGAAUCCCAUAAUCCCUUGCCAGCGGGACAGAACAUGGCGGCCCUAAAGGUGAGCUCAAUCAGAAUGUUUUGUUAAAAGGGAACAUAUUUGCUUAAACACAUUCUGACUGUUAUUCAAGUUCAAAACAAAAGAAAGAUUUAAUUUGUUUCGACAGCCAAUAUUUCUCUUGGUGGCAAAUAUUGGUGUUUCCUGGUAGUUUCGAUAGAAGCCGUUUCGAUACAAGUCGUUUCGGUACAAAUUGAAGUCGAUUCGAUAUGACAUCCCUAAGGCUUCAACCAAAACCCUAAAAAAUCCCUGGACCAAAAUUUAACUUCUAAAAAUUCCCGAAAAAAAUCCCAUGUCGCGCGAAUUUCCGAGCCUUAAAAAUUUCCAGAAUUCAUUCAAUGAUAUAACACACAAAAAAGAAACAUUAGAAAUGGAAUGCUUGUGCUUGUUUAUUCAUCCGCACACCAUCUGGAGUAAGAACCUUUUUCGCAUCUGGUGGUCAUUGUAAUGAAGACACUCAAGACACCCAAGAACAUUAACGCAAAAGGGCGUUCAAGGGACUAUAAUGUGCCAACAAGAGAAAUAUCAGCUGUCGAAACAAAUCUUUCUUUUGUUUUUAAUUUAAAUAACAGUCAGAGUGUGUAUAUAUAGGAUAUUACACGGUGGAGCGAAGAUAUGAAUUUUAUUUUCGAGUGGCAAAACAAUAUUUUACUAACUCGCUGCGCUCGUUCGUAGAAUAUUGUUUUUGCCACGAGAGAAAAUAAAAUUCAUAUCUUCAAGCCGCCGUAUAAUGUUCUUUUUAUUAUAUAGACAAAAUGACAUCGAUAAAAUAAUAGAUUUUUAUUCGCCAAAAAGUAAUUGUGACGGCUCAAAUUUACAGUACAGUAAUAUAAGACAUUGUUUACAAUGAUCUUCAGAAAUAACACUGAGCUGAAUAGGGCUCUACAAUGACAAACUAUCAGUAAAGCUUUGAAAAAUGUGUAAGUAAAAUUCAAAAGACGCAAGACGCCUACAAAUUUCGGGAUGGAAAUUACGGAAAUUACGUCAUCGAUAAACUCACGUGUGAGAUUAUGGAAAGUGGUAUAUUUUCCAGUAAAACACUCCUGACUAUAUAACAAAAACAAAUAUCUUCCCUUUUUACAAAACAUUUUGAAUGAACUCACCUGUCGGCUCGCCAUGUUUUGUCCGGCUGGCAAGGGAUUAUGGGGUUCUUGGUUUUCAGUCCUCCUCGGUAUGCUGCGCCCGUCCUCGAUACGCUGUGCUUGUCCUCAAUGCGAUGCGGAUGUCCUCGUUACGCCGUACCUGUCCUCGAAACGCUGUGCCUGUCCGCGAUAUUCUGUGCCUGUCCUAAGUACGUUGAGCUGUCCUUUCGCUGUGCCUGUCCUUAAUACGCUGUGCCUGUUCUCGAUACGCUUUGCCUAUCCUAAAUACGUUGAACUGGCCUUUCGCUGUGCCUUUAUGUCCCUAUUAGGAACUGAAUUUUGACCCUUAUACCGCUUUAUACAGGUUUUUUAAUUGAAUAUGCCUAGCGAGCGUAAAAAAUUGCAUUCAGUCUGAGGAUUAAUGAGAGGGGCGAAAUUUUAUAUAUUUAGGCAUGACAAAAUUAAAGGGACCAUUGGUACUUUGAAAUAUCAUCUCAUAGCCUAAAAUUGAUCUAGGUAAACUUAGGUCCAACAUCUCUCGCCGGGCUGAUGUUUCAUUCCCAGUUUUUGCUCGUCCGGUUUAGCAUGCUGGGCAUGCCGAUUGUGAAGCCAGUUGGGUUUAGCAUGCCCGGCAUGCCGCGCAUGAAAUUGGCAUGCCCAGCAUGACUGAAUUUGGUGUUCGCUCUAGCACUAUAUCAUGAUAUUUGUAUAUUUAAAAAAUCGCCAAAUAUAUCUUAGGGGAGCUUGAAGUUACGGGUUUCAUGCCUUGCAAUAAAUGUAGAUUUUAACAAAAAAAGUUAUGGCAAAACUGAAGACAGAUAGAAGUUCUUGUACCAAGCUGGAUUUAUUGAAAAAGCACAACGUAUGAAAAAACUAAACAACAUUAUUCGUGCCAAAAAUGGAUUGAAAGAUCAAUUAAUCCUUACAUUUCAAACCGAUAGAUAGAUAGAUAGAUAGAUAGAUAGAUAGAUAGAUAGAUAGAUAGAUAGAUAGAUAGAUAGAUAGAUAGAUAGAUUGAUUGAUUGAUUGAUUGAUUCACUUUUAUUUGAAUACGGUAAUUUCAUAAGUUACAUAACUUCUUUACAUGAAAGCCGUAUAGAAACAGAAGUAAAUACUGUACAACUACACUAAAAAUAUGUACAAAUAAUAAAAUAUAGUAAAAUGUAGUCAACAGUUUGCCUGCCUACUAGCCAGUUUUCUUUUAAAGAUAGCUUUAGAUUCGGACGCUUUUAUGUCAUUUGGUAAUGAAUUCCACAGCAUUCCUCCUCUGUAUGAGAAAGACCCCUUAUAAUAUUCUGUUUUUGGAACGUGGUCCAGUACAACAUUAUAUUCCGCAUUUCUUAGCAUAGACUUAUAAGGGUUGUUCUCACAGACAUUCGAGAAAAGAUCGCUUAAGUAACUAGGUACAUUUCCAUUCACUGUAUCAUACAUUAAUAGACUUAAGUGCCUUUGACGCCUUGAGGCAAGCUCUUCCCAGUUUAGUUGUUUUCGUAUUUGUGCUGAACGAACGUCAUAACCUUGAAAGGUUAUUAUGCGUGCAGCACGAUUUUGUAAUUUCUGGAUCCUAGUGGCAAGUCCCUGGUCUAAAUUGUCCCAAACAACGUCGCAGUAGUCGAACACAGGCUGGAUAAGAGAUUUGUAAAUAGUAUUUAGAACAUCUAAUGGUACAUAAUCACGUGCCUGUUUUAGACCACUGAUGGAUCGAUUGACUUUUGAACAAAGUUUGUCAACAUGCUCGUUCCAUUUAAGAUUUUCAUCUAAGUGAAUUCCUAAAUAUUUUGUUGUUUGGACUCGUUUAACAUGAUUGUUGCCAAUCUUAAUUGGAAAGUCUCUUCCUAAGUUAGAUAAUUUGAAGGUAGUUGUUAAGAACAUAUACUCCGUUUUAGUGACAUUUAAGCUUAACUUAUUUGCAAGAAGCCAGUCCCUAACGCGAGUUAGGUCAUUAUUUACCUUGGCAUAUAGUUCAGCAGUGGAUACAGAGGACGCAUAUAUCGUGGUAUCAUCGGCAUACAUGUGUGCUUUGGUAUGGAGAAGACAUCCAGGGAGAUCAUUGAUAUAAAUUAAAAACAACAAAGGGCCUAAAAUUGAACCCUGUGGAACACCACAACUUAUCAACUGGGGCUUAGAUACACAGCCCUCUACUACACACUGCUGUUGCCUAUUUGAUAGGUACGAUGAAAACCAGUCGAGCGUUACACCCUUCAGACCAUAGAGCUCAAGCUUUUUUAAUAAAAUAUUAUGUGAAACGGUGUCAAAGGCUUUGGCAAGAUCGAGAAGCACAAUCAAAUUGGUCAUGCCUUUGUCAAUGUUAAGAUACCAAUUAUUUGUUAAAUGUAACAGCGCUGUCACUGUAGAGUGAAGGGAACGAAAUCCAGACUGGUUUUUUGUCAACAGGCCAUUUGAAUUUAAGUACCUGUAUAGUUGAUCGUAGACUACCCUUUCACAAAUCUUAGAAAUGGCUGGCAAGACAGAUAUUGGUCUAUAGUUUUGUGCAUCUGUGCGAUCAUCCUUUUUAUACAAAGGAAAUACUUUAGCCAUUUUCCACUGUGAAGGAAAGAGGACAGUAUCUAUGGUUUUGUUUAUGAUACAGGUUAAAGAAGUGGCAAUAAUUGGGCCAGCUUCUUUUAGAAGCCGACAUGAGAUGUUAUCAAGGCCUGUGGCCUUGUUCGGAGAUAAUUUACCUAAUAACCUUAAAACUUCAGUGGCAGAGGUAUGUUGUAAAUUAAAAGUCGUGGAAACAGGCUUUAUGUACGAGUCAAAACUUGUAUUUCCACUAGGCAGUAUGGAGGCUAGGUUUGGACCGACAGAUGUAAAAUGGCAUUUAAAAUCUCACACAUUUCUGCGGGUUUUGUAAAGGAAUUAUCACCACUUUUUAGUUCACUUAUUGAAGAGUUACUAGUGCACUUACGAUAUGUUAAUUCAUUGAUUGUCCUCCAUAUUUCCUUUGGGUUACCCACAUUUUGUUCCACUUCUGAUUUAUAAUAAUUCGCUUUUGCCAUUUUAAUCUCAUUAUUGAUUCUAUUUCUUUCUUUUCUAUAUUUAUCCCAGAUGGAUGGCUUUUUUGUUAAUAUAGCCUGCCUUUUCAGUCUGUUUCGACCUGUUAUCAGCUCCCUCAGAUCAGAAGUAAUCCAAGGGGAUUUUUUAUUUCUUACUCGCCGCGUUCUUAUGGGCGCAUGAGCGUCAGCUAUUUUUAAACAGAUAGAUAGAUAGAUGGAUGGAUGGAUGGAUGGAUGGAUGGAUGGAUGGAUGGAUGGAUGGAUGGAUGGAUGGAUGGAUAGAUAGAAACUUUAUUAAAGUGUCAAAGCAGUCUAGCCAGGGAAAAAUCCCUUACUAAUUUGGGGACGCCGAUAACAUUUCUGGGUCCAGUUUUUAAUUUGAUCCCGAAAAAUCGUUUUAAACAAGGAGACAACAAAUCUUCUUAGUAUAAACUUAUCCACAAGCGUUAAGUUUUUUCGCGUCGGAAUGUUUCCCGGUCAACAGCAUUAAAAGGUUGGUGAAAAUUUAGCUUACCAGGUCGUUCAAGUCAGUACCAGAGUACGACGUUAAUACUGCAAAGGCGUUCCGAUUUGGUGAAUUUGGACUGCCGUCUCAGAUAAAUUUUGCUUAGAUUUUUUAGUGCGCUUCUUGUCGGGCUAUGCGAAUCUCGCAAAACUGGUUUGCUCCUUGCUGACGAUAGUCCUUGCAGCAACGUCAUCUACUCCAUUCGAAGAUACCCGGAGACCGUACAGAUACAAGGCGAAAUCGGCCGAAUUUCCUCCGAAGUGUUUCCGGAUCACGAUGAAUCUAUUUUGUUGUAACGUAGCAGUUGUGGCGUCAAGAUGCCGUCAUGUCUCUUCGCACUUGUUUGUCAUUUUUUUGUUGUUGUUGUUGAGAUGUUGGUGAAUGCUGGACAAGAAAUGGAUUCUGCGAGAGACUGUAAGUACAAAUUUAGUAUUAAUUUAGUAAUGAGAAAGCCUGAAUAUCGAACAAAUGCCAUGAAUUAUCCUUUUGGUAUUCCAGGGCUUAUUUUACUGUUGAGCAUACUUAGAACUCUCAGGUAUAAGUGGUUGUCAAUCUGAGUCGUUUUCUUCGGAUACAUUGUUUCUGUUUGUCCGUCUUCUAGUCUUCGUCUGCUGUUAAGAAGACUACAGAAAACUUCAAAAAUAUAGAAACCAACCCUAAAAGAGUCAGAUCUAAUUUUUUUACUCAGAAUAAUUGUUUUUGGCACCUUCGCUCAUAUUUUUUUGUACUGGUAAACUUACUUUGCGAACUGGAGAUGAUCACAAUUUUGCCGCAUAGUUUGACUGUUGUUUGAAAGACAAUCAUACUUAUAUUACAAUCACCUUUGGAGACAAACCAAAUGCCAAAUGCCAAAAUCAGAUUUAGAUUUAGCUUUAAAAAAAUGAACGUGCUGCAGAUGUCAAUGCAAAGUUGUAAACAACUCAAUAUUAAGCUUUAAAAGUAGUCUUUGAAUGUGCGUUUAGGUCCAUAAAACUAAUUUUUUGCCUUUUGACGUCUCAUCCAAGUAAAGACUUAUGCCUUACAUCACUUGUCUACGAGUGUGCUACAAAAUGCUUCACUACAGCAAGCCUCUGAGAGGCGAUUCGGAUAAAUUCAUAGAACGCUAAAAUGCCAAAAAAUCUAAGCUUUACUUAACCUUAAAUAAGAAUUUCUUGCAAACAACCUGACUCGGUCCGAUUUUGAUUUACAAAUGUUCACGUAUGUCGGCUCUACUUUUAAUGAACAUGGUUUUUGAAAUGAUUUUGUACUAUUUUAACCCAAAAAAUAUGAUUUGGUUAUAAAGCUUUUAAAAACGACCAAAACUAAGCUAAUUAACAUGUUCAAUAUAAAAAAAUUAAGAUUUUAAGGCCGACCCAAAUUAUUCAGACUGACUGAAUUGAUUCAGACACUGAACUAAGUUCAGAAGGGGGAAAAAUGCUCAUUUCGGUCAAACUGCUUACAAAAUACGUUAUAAUAAUUUACGCAUUAGGUUCGGUACAUGAAACGUUCGGCGUCUGCAUCAAAGCCGGUCCAAAAAAGUUGCCCCAAAGGCGAAAUUCCCGGCCGGGCUAGGCGAAAAGAACGGCUCAGCCGUUCCAAAUUGAAACAGGCGUUCCUAAGUGAUUCAGACGACGAACUUUACAUGUAUUUAAUUCAAUGUAUUAGAUUCGGCUCAUGAAAAGUUCGGCGUCUGAACCGGGCCCAAGCUUAUUUUAUAAACUUCUCAUUUGAUAGGUUCCCUUUUUUAUACACCAUAUUGCCCAUAUUGCCCUUGUAUGUAUUAACAUUCCAUUUCUUUUUUGUUACAGGUAUAUCGUCCACAAAUGACAAAGAGGAGAUCAUUUCUUUCCUAGAGAGCAAUUCUUUGAUACUGUCAGUUACGUACUUAACCUUGAGUUAAAACAAAGAACGUAAACACUGAUGAUGACACGAAUUAAAAAAUGCGAAAGAAGAUAAAAACAGCUUUUUUAACAUAGGGACAAUUGCGUUAGAGAGCUUUGUAAUUGCAACAUUACAUUCAAGCACAUUGCAUUGUCAAACAUCAUAAUGUACUGAAUAAUGGACAGUCUGAUUUUGUAGCUUGGCUCAGUUUUAAUUGUAAUGAACUUUGAAAGGUAUUCUCAUACCUUGUAUUUUAGAAAGCUUUCAUGGAACGUAGACGCAUUUUAUUAUACAACGAAAACAGUCUCUGUUUCUGUUUUUACUGAUUUCAGUCAAACCAGUUUAUUCGCAAUGUGAAAUGGGAAUCCUCUUAAAAGGGGGGAGGAGUUUCUACAAUACCCCAAUAGGUCAUCUGCACGAUGACCCUAUUUUAUUACCACGACCAGAAACAGUCAGGGUUUUGCUUUCUUGUGCAAAUAAGAGCUUUUGUUAUUUAAACUUCGCUGGGAUUACCAAACUUAUACAAAUGAAAAGAAUAGAAUGACGUCAUUGUGUAAAUGAGCUAUAACCUGUACAUCAAAAGAUAAGCACGGCGAUCUGUCCAAAUUUUUAUUUAGCCAGGCUUAAAUAUCUGUAGAUUCAAGGAACUAACGUGUGCGUUUAAGUUCGUUUAGGGCACGCCAGAUUCUGAUUUUGGCAUGCCCGGCAUGCCGGAGAUUUUGGCACGCGAGGCAUGCUGGGUAUUAAUUUCUUAUUAGAACCUAGGCUUCUCGCGGCGCUGGUGGAAAGGUCACGGAACCUCAAAAUAUGCUUACAGGGCAUGCAAAUUUCUGUUGCAUGCCAAUUUAAAUGUAAAAACACUCUGGAGCCACCCGCUCUAUCACCAGUGAGCAAAUCAUUGACAAUAGGCAUGGGAAAAAUCCUUGCAUGCUAAAUGACCAACAUUGAAAACGUAGCAGAAAUGUCCGCAGUUGCUGAGUCAUGCCCUAGGGGAGGCUUAAAAAUACAGAAUUUCCUUACAUGGAUGAGGGAAUUUUCCUUAAACAGCAUGUGAUCAUGCCGGCUAGGGCGUAUUUCCCCUUUUUACGGCUAGCUAGGCUCAUAUUUAAGCUCCAUGGCCUGAAAUGACGCAAAAUUCAUGCCCUAAAGGAUAAAAAUCCAAAAAAGUCCUUAGAAUUUUAGUUUCCAAGCCGUUUGGUCUGACAGUCUUCUACGUAUAAAAUUGUCAAAGUUAAAACUUUUUAAAAAAUUUUCUCAAAGGAAUCUGGGAGAUUUUUUUAAUGAUAAUGAUAAUUUACUUUUAUAAUUAUUAUUUUAAGUAAAAUACUCUACUACGACAAAUAAACUAUUAAUAAUAGUCUUUGUCUUUCGAUGACCGAGAUGAAAAAAAAAUAUAUUCAACAACUUGUGCCUUUUCCUUUCUUUCUUUUGCAGUGCGACCACACGAAGCGAGACCACUCAGACAACAUUUUGAGACAAAUUUUGAAAUUAGCCAGUCUCAAGUCGAGAUCUGAAGAAUGAAAUUGCGCAUAAUUGUACUGUAAUUGUAUUGUAAAGGAUAUAAUAUAUAAGGAAUCGUGACGUUUGUGUAAGGGUGCGUUCCUUUGGGAUGAUCCGGAUCAGGAUCAGUGAUCCGAGAUCACUCAGAUCAUGGUAGAUCAAAUGAACCGAUGAAUCCACUCUGGACAAGGAUUCAUUGGUUCAUUUGAUCUAGCAUGAUGUGAAUGAUCUCGGAUCACUGACUGAUCCUGAUCCCGUUCAUCCCAAAGAAACUGACGCACCCUAAAUCAAGCUCAAAAAUGUUUUGACAUCGUCUGGGUUGGCCGGAAUCAAAGCCAGCAGUAAAGAAAAGUUGAACAAUCCGAACUUAAGGCGACAGCCUCUCAUUUUACAGCAGACGGCGCUGAGUACCGAUUAUAUCGCAGUGUCGAUGAUUACAAAGAUAUGGGGCAGGUUAAUGCAAAUUACACUGCAACGCACUCGCCCACUUACACUUCAAAAACAAAACUGAGAAUGACUCUAGACUGCUUAAGAAUAGAGAAGGAAAUCUCCAUGGUUUGUGGAAUUUUUGUCGAGGGAAGGAGGCAGACAUUGCUCUAUUUUUGCAAGUGACAAAAAUAGGAAAGAUCAGAAAAAAUGUUCGAAGCAAACUAGUCGAUGAUUGCCCCAAAAUGAGCAACGAACCCAAUGAAACACAGAAACAAGCAAAACGGAUCGAAAUCCACCAAUCACAAACCAUAACCUUUUGAACUCGUUGAAGAGAUCAUCUUUUUCCUAGGAGGUCCGCUAAGAUGAUUGACGGAACAGAAAAAUCCAAAAUUCCUUCGCAUACAGUAAAAACCCGCGUAUAAGAACCUAAGUUUUUCCAAGUUAGCCUAAACAGGUUCUUAUACAAAUGGUAUUUAGUGUAAAAUUAGGCUAACCAGGUUCUUAAUUAGGUUCUAAACUUUUGUUCAAGAAAUAAAGCUGAAUUUUUAAAUGAUCUGGUGUUUAAUGUCCAAAAACAGUAUUCUUGGAGGCUUCAUUAAGCAAAAUUAUCUGAUUCUGUUACAAUCAAACCUAUGGUAAAGUUUUAUGUAACCGUGCUAUAGUGUUUAGAGUAUUAUUGCAUACAGACUGUGUUAUAUAUAUAUAUAUAUAUAUAUAUAUAUUUUUUUUUUUUUUUUUUUUUUAAAAAUUAUAUAUAUAUAUAUAUAUAUAUAUUUUUUUUUUUUUUUUUUUUGAAAAUAAGAACCUGUUUUAGGAUUUUAGCCUUAAAUGGUUCUUAUGUGAAGAGUGCUUAAAAAUGAAAUUUUAGCCUAACAGGUUCUUAAAUGUUAGGUUCUUAUAGGCGGGUUUUUAUUGUAAUAUAAACGAUCUUUGGUAAUAAGCGGCCGUCGUCUUUUUUUAGUUCUGAUUGUUCAAAAUUUCUUUACUGCAGGCUUUGAUUCCGGCCAACUGAAACGUUGUCAAACAUUUUUCAGCUUGAUUUACACAAAAGUCACGAUUUAUUAUUGAUAUCCUUUAGAAAACUGGUUUGUAACGUAUUCUGAACUGGCUCUGAGUACAAAAUUAUGAGCAAUUUCAUUGUUUAGACCUGGACUUGUGAUAGGCUACUUUCAAAAUUUGUCUCCAUUUUUUGUCUGGGUGGCCUCAGUUCGUGUGGUCUCACUGUAAACAUGUAUUUUUACAGAACUUGGUGAAGUUCUGCAGGAGCACGGAUCCAAGAACUCUCCAUUGGCAACCAUUUCUUUCACUACGGCAGGUGGUAUAAUGAUGGUUGUUGUCAUAGUGUUCGUUGCUUAUAGGGUAUGCCGCAGCAAGAGAAAUACCGGACACCCCUUUUUCGGUAAGGGUGUUCACAACUUCCCCAUGGCCUGUACUCUUAUUACCCAUAGAAAUGACGCCAAAUUUUUCAACACUUUAAGUGCCUUCACGAGUCGAAUCGCGGUUGUUUCUCUGCAAAGUUUCAACAUCAUCACGUCUUCUCUAUGAUCGACAAGGUAUAGGCCAUGGAAAUUGUUGUGGACUUGUACAUUAGAAAAAAAAGGCCAGCUUUUUUUAUGUGUACUCCCUUUGAAGUUUCUCAAGAAGGAAAAAGUGACAUAAGAUUGUAAUCACUUUUUAUUCGAAGAUCCCCCAGAGAAUAAUAUUACCAGUUUCUUCUAAAAUCUUCAAUUCAAAGUCAAGUAGCUGGGCAAUUAUUUAAUACGUAUAAUUAGUUAUUAAUGAUUAAUUAUUUCUAUUUGACGUUCUGACCGAAACUAAGUCUCUAUUAAUCCAAAAAACAAAAAAAUAAUGUUAGAUUCUUACCGUUAAGAGACCUUAAGAUACACCGUUUCCGUGUACGAGUACGGGUAAAUUACCCGUACGCGUAGCCGUAAAUAAGGGUAGAUUGCUUCUUACCACGGAGAAACGGGUAGGCCACCGGGUAGAACGGUGAUGCCAUUAUCAUAUCUGGGAAAUCAUCGUUAACUUUUCUAUAACUGCGUGACAAACAUGUUGACCUACCUGUACCUGUACCCGUAAGAUAGAUUUAAAUAGAAGUUCCUGUUCCUAAAACUAAGCUUGUAGCCUUUAUGUCUUGGAUGACUUCGAAAAUUUUAAACCUCAUUGCAAUUGCUGCCUUUUACUUUUUGCCCUAUUUUACUAAUAUGACCCUUAUUAAUUUGCCUUUUAACAGAAACGAAAGACAACGGUCGUCAGUUUAAAUAUGACGUGUUUGUGACUUUCAGCAGCCGCGACUUAAACUGGGUUAAGAAAGAGUUGAUACCGCUGGUGGAAAAACACAAACUUAACUACUGUAUACACCACAGAGACUUUGAGAUUGGCAAGCCUGUGAUAGACAAUAUGGCGGAAAGCGUGUACACCAGUCGGAAAGUGCUGGCUGUUAUGUCACGCAAUUAUCUUUCAAGCAAGUUUUGCCGCGGUGAACUGGAAAUGGCACUGUACCGAAGUACAGAGAUGGGUGACUCGUCUGUGAUCGUGAUGAGGAUUGAUGGCGUUGAUUGUCGUAAACUUCCAAAGGCGCUUCGUAACAGAACCUUCCUGGACUACAAUGACUUUGCCGUGAGGAAAAACUGGGAAGAAAGACUGAUAAAGCAUCUCAAGCCACCACCUACAGACAAAUCGCUGGAUAAAAACUCCACUAAAGCGUACUCAGUGUCGGAACCUACUGAAGUAUGA